AUGUCUCUACCCCUACUCAAAAAAUAUCUCCCCAUCUCCCUCGCCCUGCUCCUCUACUUUGGCAGUGCCUCACGAUUCACACACGGUGCAACCUCCACAGCCAGUUUCUACCAGUUUCAAAACGAGCGGAGGGCUGAUGAUGGCUCGACUGAAGCCCGUCUUAUUCCCGCCUUCGACUUUAUCCUCGCGACCGCCAUCGUGACGCCCGGCAUAUCACGCAAGAUUGCAACCUGCUUUGUUGCAGCCACUAUUAGCGGGUUCGCGGCUAAACGAGCAAUCGAUGGACUCCCUUGUCAAGGGGACAUAUUUCAAUCCGUCUGGGCUACGGCUACUGCUUUUGUGGGAUUUAUUUAA